GGGUCUCAGCAUUUAGUCACAAUAACAGAAGUAGAAAAUACUGCAUUGCUAUACUCGACUCCCACUUUAUCCCAAACCCCAAUUCGAAUUAUAUCCAUAUUCCGGGGAAGAGAUGGCUUCAAGAAUUGUGCUCAGAUACGGUGCUAUCCGGCCAACCAGUCGUCCCUCGUUGACCACAACUCUUACGACCAUACCUCAGCGAAGGACGAUUUUGACGACACACACUUUGAGCCCUUACAACACAAUCUCAAGUAGAGAUAUGUCAUGUCUGAGAUAUGGCAGACAUAACUAUGCGAAGAAAGAAACAAGUCUAUGUGGUCGGUCUAAGAGGUUUAUUGCAACGAUCAAUAGCCCAAAUCUUCCAGCUCCAAUUGGCCCAUACUCCCAUGCUGUCCAGACGCCUUUCGGUAUCUUUGUUUCCGGUCAACUCCCUGCAGAUUUCAACGGAAAUCUUGUAGAAGGGACAAUGCGUGAAAAGACGGAAGCAGUUCUCAGAAACCUCCAGGAAGUUCUUGUCACUGCCAAGUCCUCUCUCGAGAAGAUUGUUAAGGUCCAAGUUUUCUUGACAGACAUGAACGAUUUUGCCGAAAUGAACGAAGAGUACGAAAAGUGGAUCACUCACAAACCAGCGAGAAGUUGUGUAGCCGUUAAGGAGUUACCAAAGGGUGUCAAUAUCGAGAUUGAAUGCAUCGCCUUGCCCUGAACUAUUGGACCUAGGGAAUAAGACUUACUGAUUGUGCGGCGGGAUUGUGUUACUCUCAUAUGAUACCCAUCAAGGUACAGUGCAAAUACACAGAUUUUUAUCCCACCUUGUGUUAUUUCUAGGUUGGUGACCAGGUUCUGGGCUGUAUGAAAAUAAGAUGCGAGCUAGAGUAAAGACAGACAUUUAAGACA